AUGCAGCGCAAGAUUUUUUUGCUGCUGUUUCUAGCCUCGCAGGCCGGUGCAGAUGGUACAGAUGUCACGAACAAUCUGUUCUCGGACCUAGGGCCGCUUCUGGCCUUGUUUGGUGAAACUUUUGCCCAACAAUUCCUGAGAGAAUCUUUCACAUGGCUUGACCACAUAAUCUUCGCCAUGGCUCCAUUGGGCAUCAUUACUGCUAUUAUAGGCGCCAUUCGCGUUGGCGGUCCACCCCAGCUGAAAGCUUUGAUCGGUCGUGCACGAGAGAAUCGAGCCUCUGCAGAGCUUGAUUUCAUGUCCUCAACUUCACAUGAGGUAUCCGAGUUAUGGAAUGGACACAGUAUAGUCCGGACCAUGGGGAAAGGUGAAGUUAAACAAAUACUCUUUCUGAAGGGACGUGAUCCUACGGAGAAAUUUGGUCUCUUCACUUUGUCUGACCCUGAAAUAUUAAAACAUAUGACAAAAAAGGUACGUCUGGGUCCUGUGUCUUCGUUUGAAUUGGAAAUGACACGUUCGAUGCUUUCAAAAGCAUAUAGUGAUCCACUCAUCGAUAUACUAAAGGAACUAUGGCGAAAUAAGACACAGGAGCUGUGGAAAAGAACAAGUGUAUCAAAAAGCCCUAACAACGACUCACACAACAACAUGUCUGGAGGAACCAAUUCCAAGGAGGGUCAUUUUAAAAACGACGGCUUGGAUCGAGCUCCGAAUAUUUCUUUAAAUAUACAUCCUAAGCAAAACAGAAGAGAAUUGUUUGUUGCUGCCGUUCUGGGCAUCAUUCUUCAGGCGGGAGUCAUUAUCUUUUCUGCCUUUGUUGCCUACGACAAUCGAUUCGGAGCUGCGGUAGGCGGACGCCCAAGCGCUUAUGCGUUCCCGACUUUGGCUAGUGGGACAGCUGUGCUGGUCAUCGGAAUGGGUAUUUGCGCUUCAGUCAUUGGAGAGAGCACCCAUGAGAGUGUGUGGGAAUUAGCAGAUGGCAAUGUUACAACGCAGCGGGUCGAAGGAAAUCACCAGCCAAAAUUCAAAGAUUCCAGUGAAGAUGUAGAAACAGGAGGUGCAAAUGAUUCUCAUAAUUACCAUAAGCAUUUAUGGAGAAGAGUUUUUGGGGUAUUCUUCAAAAUUCCAAUGAAAGACGGCGAAAGAAAGACUAGAUCUUCGUUUGAAGGACACAAGCCCAAUGCAAAGAAGGGUGAUUCAGAGUCCCGAAAAUUUCUUGUUUUCUGGCUUCAACAGCGCUUUGUUGUCAGCGACCAGACCUUCGAUUCAUAUAUGCUUAUGGCAAGAAUGGAAAAGGAACUAAUCAUGACCUCUUGCCGCGGCGACAAACAGUCUUUGGGUGCCGAAUCUUCACAUCCUAUCAUCGAAGAUAGUUCCAACAAAACAGGGGCUUCUCAAACGUCCAGCCUCCAAAUUCAGCCUCCAAAUACUGUAUCUAAUAGAAGUGCUAGAUCCUCCCACUCUUGUUCGAUGACGUCCAAGACUCAAAACCCUCCUCUACCGUCAAAACAGAUCCCACCAUAUGAGUCAACUUCCAAGUGGAUCAACACGCUCUGCAUCAUAGGGACAUCUACAGGAAUCAUUGGAUUUAUAUUGCAGUUUGAAGGCUUUCGCGGCAUCAGCUGGGUAUGUUCAAUUGCACAGCUUGUUGCCAUUUCGAUAAUGACUGUUGUUCGUGCCAUUAUUCGUCGGGGUAUGCUGGAUAAACCUAUCGCCCAGAAGAUUCCGGAGAAAUUUGAAAUUGACUGGCUUGCACUCAGGAUUGGUAAUGAUGACAAGUACUUGAGCGAUCUUAGCAAAUCUACAGCUCGUCACACAGAUAUGCCUCCCUGUCAUUCUUCAUGGAAAAUCUGCAGUCAAAUAAAUCCAACCGUUCAAGUGACUUCCGGAUUCAUGCCCAUCACCAAUGAGUCGAUAGUUCAGGAAAUUGUUACAGUACGGAAACGAAUCGACGAGUUGACUGCUGAGCGUGUUCUUGGCCCAAGUGAAUUGCCAACACCUCGAAUUACCAACGUAUGCGCCGGUAGCCGAGAAAUCCCUGUCCAGGUGGAACCAAAUACUUCUGACUCGACAAUACCUGAAUCCUACGAUCCUAUCCAAGGGUCCGGAGCAGCGCCUGAAGCUCUCAUAAGAGAGUGUCUCCAAAUACUCACCACUUGGGAGAAGCCCACUGCGUCUUGGGACCCUGCUAAGAAUGAGCCAAUGAUGCAGAAAUGUGUACGCAUUCGGAAACGUCUACAGGAGCUCACUGACUGGUGGGAAACCAAUGAAAAAUGCUUCAAGGGUCAGAAGGUACUCAACGUACGAAACCGUCUUCGACAGCUCACUGGCUGGUCUGAUCCGGUAAUAAAAGCCAACGCUGCCUCUGUAGCCUCAGCAAUCGAAAAAACUAUGAGUUCAUUCAAAGAGUGGCCGGGUUCUACUUUUCAUUGGCUCAUUGACGUAAAGAUUGGGAAAGGUGAAUACACCGCCACGCAAAAAAUUCAACUUCACGCGACAAAGACUGAAAAAGGAAAUCUAAAAGGAAACCUAUGGAGCGUCUCCGCCGAAGACAUUGAGUCAAUUCUUUCGUUGUGGAUGUAUCAUCUGAGUGAUGAUCACCAGAGCGGUAACCGGGCUCAGAAUAGCACCGAGAAUAUUGCUCGUGAUAUACACUCCUUUCAACGAGUCAUCGGCCCCUUAAGAUCUACACUCAAAAGAGAUGUGGCGUGGUGGGCCGGUAUUGAGAGUGCUGAAGCACUUGGUGAGUUUUCAUGGGAUGGUAAAAAUGACACACAAUGUCUCAGCAUGGGUUUUGAUCUGCCAGCAGAAGUCGACCACAACAAAAUUGCUAAGGGAGCAUAUUCCCCAAAAUUCUCAUACUAUGCCAUGAUCGCCAGUGUUUCGAAGGAGAAGUUUCUCGCUCAACAUAUUUUUUCCACCUUUUUGUGGGCAAUUGUAAAUUUCUUGCCACUAUCUGAGAGGGGAAACAAACACCCAACAGAAGUUGUGUUACCAGGAAAUGAUGAGCUCAGACUAAAUGAGGAGCACCCGAACUGGAAUUCUUUACGAUUAACCAACAAAAAAAUCAAGCAAAUGACCAAAGCCGUCGAGAGUUCUGGCCUGGGAACGUUGGAAGACGCUAAUUUACUGAUAAUACCCCCACUUAGCUAUUCUGACAAACUCCCUAACGAAGACAUUGUAGACGUAGUACGAAAAAACGCCAAAGAUAAUGAACUGGGCUAUCGGGAUUCUGCUUGCAAUCUUUAUAGAAAAUUACUGAUACUGUGCGACGAUCUACCACCAGAGGGUAAUUUUGUCUACAAAGUAGUCAGCACUACCGUUGACUUCCUUGUGACUGCUACAUCCGCCUCAGAAACUAAGAAAUACAUGGAAACGUCUGAUGUAAAAUUGGAGAAGAGUAAAAGAAAGUUGGUCGCUGUCUUAAGAUCUAAUCAUAAAACAUGUCUAUAUAUGCUGCAGUCACUUUAUGCAAAGCAAGGUCGGCUCAAGAACUUUGGAAAGGCAGGCUUGUUAGACGAUAAAACCAAAGACAAGGUCAAAAUAUCGGCAAGAAACGGGCAGACAAUUUUACACAAAGAAGUUAUCGAGGAUAAUAAGUUCUCUCUGAAUGGAGGACACAUGAGCCAAUUCGUCGGUGCUGCUGAUAUACUUGGUUGGACACCUCUACACUACGCAGUGAUUUAUUCUUUGGAAGCAGUGCAGAAAUUAGUGGAGAAGGGGGAAGAUCUAGUUAAUAGAUGUGACCUUGCCGGCCGUACCCCCCUGCACUACGCCGUUAUGAAACAAAAGGUCGACUCGAAGCAAGUCAAUGCAGAAGAAAUUAUCAAAAAACUCUUGUUCGCCAACGCAAUACCAUCACAGGGGAGAGAUGGCCUUGUUCCAUUACAUUGGGCCGUGAAAACAGGAAAUAUUGGAGCCACUAAACAACUUCUGGAAUCGCAGCUGCAUGUAAAGACACUGAAUUUCAAAGAUUAUUCGGACAUGACUCCUUUCCACUUUGCAGCUCUCGGUGGAAAUCCAGAAAUUGUGGAAAUACUUCUCAAAAAAAUAGUCAACGCCCAGGAUCUCAAUGCGCAGAACAGGCUUGGACGGACUGCACUACAUGUCGCAGUGAAGGGCAUAAACACCGAUGGAUCUUCUAAUAGAGCCAAGAUCAUCGAAAUGCUUAUCGACAAAGAGGCAAGUGUUGAGAUCAAAGACAAAGAUGACAAAAAAGCUUUAGACGUGGCUGUUGAGAUGGAGCAGAAAAUGAAGAGCCCUCCUCUGCCGCGACCAGAUCUCGAUGGGGAGCCCAGUCACCAUGUAGAUGAUUCAGGCGGAACCCUGGAAAGUGAACACCGGGACAAUCCAGACAAUUCAAACAGCAAAGUUGGUGUCGAUGAGAAAGCUAAGAAGUCGAAAAAUGCUGGGAAGGCGGAAAUACCUUCAAAAGAAGAACAGCUAGCUUCGGUAAUUAAAUCAUUAUUGAAACAAGAAAAUUUAACUGUUAACGGCGGGAAACUAUUGCUCUGGGCUGUUAAAAACAACUUUAAGACACCUUUCGAAUUUCUCAUUGACUCGAAGGAAAUCGCGGUAGACAUCAGCCAACUUAAGACCGAUAAUGGACGAUCAAUCCUCCACUUAGCAGUGCAUGCUAAGUCCGACACGAUGAUAGAAAGUAUACUGGAGCGGUGGAGGCCUAGCAAUAGUUCUUCUCCUUCGAAGCCAUCAUCGUAUAUCGAUCUAGCCGAUGAUUAUGGCCUCACUGCGCUCAUGCUGGCAGUAUCUCAAGGAUACGAGCCUGGAGUCAAAAAGCUUCUUGCAGCUGGCGUUGACAAAGAUCUCAGAGACAUGAAUGGACGCACAGCUCUUUCUUGGGGAGCAGAGCGCGGCCAGCUAGACAUCUUAAAUCAAUUCAUAAAAAGCGGCGUCACUCUAAAAAAUGAGCCCGUGACAAAAGAUUCACCCAUGUUUAUUGCUGUCGAGAAUGGCAAACACGAGGCAAUAGAACUAUUUCUUGCCAACGGUGCGGACUCCAAUGAAGUUGACCCUGACGGAGAUAAUGUUCUCUCCUAUGCAGUGACAUGUGGAUAUACAGAAUGUGUCAAGGUUUUAAUUGACCAUGGUGCUGACCUUGAGAAGAGAAAUAGCACAUACGAGCAGACAGCACUCUCUGUCGCUGCCUGGAAGGGCAACCUCGAAAUGGUCAAACUUCUUUUGACUUUCGGUGCUAGAUUGGAGGCCCAAGACACGGAUGGCUGGACUCCACUUAUCUGGGCAUUGAACUUCGAGCAUCCGAAGGUCGUGAUGUUUCUACUCGGUGAAGAAGUUAAGAGCGCCCUGAAUAAAGAUCAAUAUAUGGAGCAGCUCCAUCCUGCAAUGUCUUUGGCGUACAACACUGGUGAUGGGGAUCUCAUGAAUCUAUUGUUAGAUCUAGGUGUGGAUCCUAAUGUACAAGAAGCCGUCAGUGGAUCGACAGCUUUAAUAGAAGCAAGUAGGAGGGGCUUUUUACGGAAUGUAGAGCUGCUGUUAAGGAAUGGAGUGGACAUAAAUGCGAUGGAUGAUACUGGGGAGACGCCAAUUUCAUUGGCGAUUCGCUAUGAAUUUAAUGAAAUCACGAAAUGCCUCUUAGGCCCAGAAGCAAAUAUUGAAAUGACAAAUGGAGCAAAAGAAACGCCACUUCUGUCAGCAGCUCGUUACGACAAUGAAAUCAUCACCGGAUUGCUCUUAGAUAGGGGGGCGAAUACAAAUAUCGCAUCCAACACAGGUGAGACACCACUGUUAUGGGCUACUCGCAAUGGAAAUGAAAUUAUCACAAAGUUACUUUUAGAGAAGGAAGCGCUUGUCAAUACUGCAAACAACUCCAAUGAGACACCCUUAUCACUAGCGGUUCUCAACAGGAAUUUGGAUAGCAUCAAAUUACUUCUGAGUAAAGGAGCCGAUAUAGAACAGGAAUGGGGCAGUUAUGAACGAAAUUGCCUAUUGCAAGCUAUUUAUGCAGAAGACGAGGAACUUGUAUUGUUGUUGUUAGAGUCAGGUGCAAAACCUAAAAGAGAACAGAAGCAUACUAGAAAUGCACUACAAGAAGCUAUUUGGUGGAGAGCCGAGAACAUUGUAGAUCAUCUUUUAUCUUUCGGCGCUAGUGCGGAAUCGAAAGACAUGCAAGGAAGAACCGCAAUUCAGUUCGCAGCACAAAUCGGCGCUUAUUCAAUACUGAGAAAGCUAUUCAGAGAAAGUUCUGAAGGAUUGAAUCUGCUCGGACCAACUUUCCAUGAUCUACAGGACCGGGACCUCAUACACCACACUUUUGUCAGCGGAUCGAUGGAUAUGAUAUCUUACCUAAUAGUUCGCUUCUCUCCCAAUGAACAUGACUAUCACCGGAAAGACAUCAAUGGCUGGACUCCCCUUCACUGGGCUGCGCAGGCUGGCGACUUGGAAGUUGUGAAAAUGCUUCUUGGACUAGACUUUCACCCGGAUGUCAAAGAACUAGAAUCAAUCAAGAACUGGACUCCACGGCAAAUCGCAAGCUAUAACAAGCACAACGAGAUUGUGGAAUUCCUUAAGCCGUUUUCUAGUUCCGAUGAAGUUCUGCCCUCAGCAGGUAUGUCACACGGGUCACUUGUCUGCGAUGGGUGCAAUUGUAAGAUGCGCGGCUUCCGUUUCCAUUGUCAAAACUGCGAAGACUUUGAUUUUUGCGAAAAAUGCAAGGUCACAAGUGAUGCGACACACCCAAACCACGAGUUCGAUGAGAUUGGCCCAAAACGAGAAACUGAACCGGAACAGGAGGUUAGCCGACAGCAGGAGAUUGGUUUAGAGCAAGAUGACUCUUCCAGUGAGAACCAGUCCGCAUAUGAGGAUUCUGUCAAAGAUGAUGUUGCCACUUAA